AUGAGUAAAUGCAGGUUUGGAUGUGAUGAAGUGGAUUAUUUAGGCCAUCUAGUGUCCAUGAAUGGUGUGAGGGUAAAUCCUGCUAAGUUGAAGGCUAUAGUUGAUCGGCUAAUUCCUAAUUCAGUUAAAGCCUUGAGGGGUUUUCUAGAUUUAAAUGGAUAUUAUAGGAAAUUCAUUCAUGGUUAUGAGAGUAUUGAUGCUCCUCUUAUUGCUCUAUUGAAGAAAAAUGGUUUCUGUUGGAAUGACGAAGCACAGGAAGCCUUCCAAAGGUUGAAGCAGUUGAUUGAAUUGAAACAAAUCUAUGCUAAUGAUUCUGAGCUACAUGAACUUCUUAAGAAGGUGAAUAAGGGUCCAAGUUCUUCAUGGUUUUCUAUUAAAAGGGAAUUCUUAUUUUAUAAAGGCGGGUUGUAUGUGCCUAAGGAUCUACAGAUUAUCAAUAAGUUUAUGCACUUGUUACAUAGUAGUCUAGAAGGUGGUCAUUCUGGUGUUGAUAAGACUCUUUAUAGGUUGAAGCCGAAGUUGGGUUCCUCAAUUGUGGUUUUACCACAAUUGCCUCCAGUUGAUUCAGAGGGGUUAUUAAAGUCAAAAACGUUCAAGAUACUUUAG